AUGAGUGACCCUGUGUAUAGCAAUUCACUUACUGCUAAUACAAAUCCCAUAAUGAUACAAACAGGAGAGAAAUUGUUUACUUCUACUGAGUGUGAAAAGACUUUUGCAUUAAAAAAAGAUCUCAAUCAAAGGACUCACACAGGAGAGAAACCUUAUACCUGUACAGAGUGUGGGAAAGGAUUUGUCUAUAAAAAAACUUUGCAAAAUCAUGAAAGAACUCACACAGGAGAGAACCCUUUUACCUGCACAGUGUGUGGGAAACGAUUUAUACAACAACGUGCUUUGCAAAAUCAUCACAUAACUCACACAGGAGAGACACCUUAUACCUGUGCAGAGUGUGGGAAAGGAUAUAAACAGAAAGCUUCUUUGCUUAUUCAUCAAAUGAUUCACACAGGAGAGAAACCAUUUACAUGUAGAGAGUGUAAUAAAAGAUUUACCCAUAAAAAUGCUUUGCAAUAUCAUCAAAUGACUCACACAGGAGAGAAACCUUUUACCUGUACAGAGUGUGGGAAAGUAUAUAAAUGGAAAGCUUAUUUGCUUAUACAUCAAAGGAUUCACACAGGAGAGAAACCAUUUACAUGUAGAGAGUGUAAUAAAAAAUUUGCCUUUAUGAAAGCUUUGAAAAAUCAUCAAAUUACUCACACAGGAGAGAAACCUUAUACCUGUACAGAGUGUGGGAAAGGAUUUGUCUGUAAAAAUAAUUUGAAACAUCAUGAAAUGAAUCACACAGGAGAGAAACCUUAUAGGUGUACAGAGUGUGGGAAAGGAUUUGCCUGUAAACAAAAUUUGCAAUUUCAUGAAAGGACUCACACAGGAGAGAAACCCUAUAGGUGUGCAGAGUGUGGAAAAGGAUUUGCAAGACAACGUGCUUUGCAAAAUCAUCACAUAACUCACACAGGAGAGAAACCUUAUACCUGUGCAGAGUGUGGGAAAGGAUAUAAACAGAAAGCUUAUUUGCUUAUUCAUCAAAUGAUUCACACAGGAGAGAAACCAUUUACAUGUAGAGAGUGUAAUAAAAGAUUUACCUAUAAAAAUGUUUUGCAAUAUCAUGAAAUGACUCACACAGGAGAGAAACCUUUUACCUGUACAGAGUGUGGGAAAGAAUAUAAACAGAAAGCUUAUUUGCUUACACAUCAAAGGAUUCACACAGGAGAGAAACCGUUUACAUGUAGAGAGUGUAAUAAAAAAUUUGCCUAUAAACAUACUUUGCAAAAUCAUCAAAUUACUCACACAGGAGAGAAACCUUAUACCUGUACAGAGUGUGGGAAAGGAUUUCCCUGUAAACAAAAUUUGCAACUUCAUGAAAGGACUCACACAGGAGAAAAACUUUAUACCUGUACAGAGUGUGGGAAAGGAUUUGUCUGUAAACAAAAUUUGCAAAAUCAUGAAAGGAAUCACACAGGAGAGAAACCUUAUAGGUGUACAGAGUGUGGGAAAGGAUUUGCCUGUAAACAACAUUUGCAAGAUCAUCAAAGAACUCACACAGGAGAGAAACCCUAUAGGUGUGCAGAGUGUGGAAAAGGAUUUGCAAGACAUAGUCAUUUGCUAUAUCAUCUAAGGACUCACACAGGAGAGAAACCUUAUAGGUGCACAGAGUGUGAGAAAGCAUUUGCACAAAAAGGUGAUUUGAUUUCUCAUCAAAGGAUUCACACAGGAGAGACACCUUAUACAUGUACAGAGUGUGGGAAAGGAUUUAAACGGAAAUCUUAUUUGCUUAUUCAUCAAAGGAUUCACAUAAGAGAGAAACCAUAUACAUGUGCAGAGUGUGGGAAAGGAUUUGCCUACAAAAAAACUUUGAAACAUCAUGAAUGGACUCACACAGGAGUGUGGGAAUGAUUUGAAUACCAAAGUAGUUUACAAUACCAUGAAGGGACACAGGAGGGAAACAUUAUACAUGUACAGAGCUUGGGAAAGGUUUUACACAAAUGGAGCAAAUGUAAAAAAAAAUAAUCAAGUAAUCAUAGAAAAAUUAAAAUGGCUUUAGUCACAUGACAUAACUAUGCUUUUAAAUACAUAGUGCGUGUUAUUUUAGCAGACAUCUAGAAAUAUAAUUUAAAGUCAAAUAUGUGUGUAUGUAUGUAUAUAAAUAAAUAUGGCCGGUGAGGUAUCUCAGUUGGUAAAUGCCCUGACUACAAAAUAAAAAGCCUGUUUAAAAGAUCCAAGGUCACAGGCUCAAAUCCUGGCAGGGCCGACUCAGCCCUUUAUCCUUCCCAGGUCGAUAAAAUGAUUACCAAUAAAUUGGGUAAUAAUAACAACUAUUACUAUUCAGCUGCCUAUUUGGUUAAUUCCAAGAGCAAGUGCUGAAAAAGCGCUUUGAGUCCCACUGGGAGAAAGAAGGCGCUAAAUAAAUACUAGUUAUUAUUAUUAUUUAUAUAUAUAUUUAUAAAGUAAACAUUAUAGCUCUGAUUACAAAAGGAGCAUUACUAAUAGCGUAGGGUGCUCUAUCAAUAUCAAGCAAUUGCACAAAGAUUACCACGCAAUCUGGUAUUAUAAGUCCAGGGUAAAACAGAACUACCAGAGAAUGUUUAGUGCGUCUGGCAUCUCUUUAGGGCACCGAUACUUUCAAUGGAUACGGUGGCCCUAGCGCAAUACGUAACAAUGCUAAAAACGUUAGUGUGCCUUGAUACUUGAAGUAAAAUGUUAGGGAUAAUAUUAUAACAAAACAUGUCAAAUAUACUAAAAUAAACUAUUACAACAACACACACAUAAAUGUGUGUGUGUAUAUAUAUAUAUAUAUACAGGUGGCCCUCGGUUUACGAUGGGUCAAUUUGCGCCGUUUCAGAAUAACGCCCUUUUUUUCAGUCAUGUGACUGCUAUUGAAAAGCAUUGACUGCUAUUAAAAGCAUUAGCACAUGCAUACAUUAAAAUAGCCAGUAGGUGGAGCUGUCCGCUUGUGUUGC